AUGAGCAUUCUCGACGCGCGUGCUUCGCCCGCUACUCAAGCCCAACAAGCUGCCACUCCGUCAUCGGCAAAUCUCGAGAUAAAUACGUAGGAUUUUUUUUAGAAAAAAUACACUCAAUUCAUCAGUCUUUCCUCCUCCGUUUCUUUUUGUUGCAAGCUCAGGUCAAAGUUUCUGAGAUCAGGCUUGAGUUAAGGAACACCGAGGGGGCCAAAUUAAUAAAUUGGGAGUAUAAUUAAAUAUGAACAUUUGAUACGAUGGUAUUCGCUUAUUUUUCAGUGAUGAAAUCAUGCAAUGGAUUAUCGAUCUUCGGGAUCCAUCAAAGCGAGAGACUGCUCUUCUGGAACUGAGUAAAAAAAGAGAUAGUGUUCCUGAUCUUCCGCUCUGGCUAUGGCACUCUUUCGGAACGAUGUCUGCUCUACUACAGGAGGUUUAGAAACCUUAACACUAUACUAUAAUCUAGAGAAUUUAUUUUUUUUCCAUGAGCUAAUUUUCCAAUUGUCUUUUUUAGGUAGUCGCCAUAUAUCCUGCUAUAAUGCCAGCCAAUCUUACGGCUGUACAGUCGAAUCGCGUGUGCAAUGCAUUAGCGCUUAUGCAGUGCGUGGCAUCGCAUCGUGAAACGCGAGGCCCGUUUCUUCAUGCUCAUAUUCCAUUGUAUUUGUAUCCUUUCCUUCACACUACCAAAGUUUCUCGUUCCUUCGAGUACCUUCGUCUCACAUCUCUUGGAGUCAUCGGAGCUCUUGUCAAGACAGAAGACAAAGAGGUGAGCAAUAAUAAGGAUCCGUGUUUUAUCACUUAAAUUCAACUGGGUUCCAUCAAACUUGGCCAUUGAGGACAGACGAAUGUUACUAAGAGAAACCGAUACAGAGUGCCACUGACCUUCUAUUAUCAGUGAUUACUUUCAGCAACUUCUCGUGGUUAUCAACUUUCUUCUUUCUACAGAAAUUAUCCCACUGUGCCUUCGCAUUAUGGAACAAGGCACAGAGUUAUCGAAAACAGUUGCGACUUUCAUUCUGCAGAAAAUAUUGCUCGACGACACAGGCCUCCUCUACAUUUGCCAAACUUACGAACGUUUCAGCCAUGUGGCCAUGAUUCUAGGAAAAAUGGUUUUGAAGUUGGCACGAGAGCCUUCCAGCCGCCUUCUCAAGCACGUGGUCAGAUGCUACAGUCGCUUGAGUGAUAACCCAACGUAAAUAUCGAAGAGCGUUAUUUUCAAUUAAAUUAAUUUCAGAAUGAUAUUCAGCCUGCAAAUUGAGCCACGUGCUUCGACGGGACAAACAGUCAAAGUCAGAGCUCAACAAGCUUUGAAACAAUGUCUUCCAGACCAGCUUAAAGAUUUGACAUUCAAGGCCUUGCUCAAGGACGACCCGGGAACGAUGAACUGGCUGAGACAAUUGCUGAAUAACCUCGGUGAACAAUUUUUCCCAGAAAUUAUAAAUGGAUGAAGGACAUGAUAACUUCCCCUUUCCCUUGCUUCAUACGAACUGCUUUCAGAAAUUGACGGCGUCAUUCUCCACGACGAGGAGCUUCUCCCCAAGUGA